ACCAUUCAGUGUUCAGUUGUUCCUCUUGCUGAUUUGCUGGUGCUGUUGUUCUGCUGAUUCCUAGGUCGAAGAUUGAUUCCAGGAUAGUUAGUGCAAUGAGAAAGUGUUUUGUGUAUUGUAAAAUCGUUGCAAUUUAAACUGCAAACAUGAGUGAAUCGCCGUGUAUAACGUACAUGGCAUUGUACAUUCUAACAUUUCAUAUACUUCAAACGAAUUCUCGCACAUCAACGUUUUGGAAAUUGAAUGUGGAAGACGGAAAAAUAAUUGAAGUCAAUCAGUUUCCCAGUGUUGUUACUUCAGUUUUGCCUAAUGACAACAUUGAUGAUCCCAUUUUCAACAUAAUAACAUCUACGGUUCAUUAUGGUAAAACAUGGACAAAACGGAGUGGAGAAAAUUAUUGCACUGACUGCCAGUCAAUAAAUUCAACAUCACACAGGUCUGAUCCAUACGAAGCGGAGGCGAACAAGACAGCCCAGCGGUCUGAGUCGGACAUUGACGAUGAGGUGUUGGACUGUGGGAAGACAGUUAACUUUACAUACUAUGACAAUCUGGUGGGAAUCGCCAACCGGAUGAACCAUCCCAACGUGCCCGAGCCGCAGGUGGCACUGAUCUUCAAGAAGCGGAAUGCAGAGCUGGAUAUCGAGGGGUUGGAACGGCGGCUGAAGAAGGCAAAACGAGAGAAGCCGAAAUCAGUUCAGCUGUACAACCAGAUUGGCAACUUCUUCCGGAUCAAGGGCGACACAACCAAGUCGAUUGAGUGCUUCAGGCGAGCUCUGGCUGUAUCACCUCAUAAUGCAGAGGUAUUGUUGAACCUGGCACGUGUAAUGUUCAACCUGCAGUACUUGGACGAUGCAAUCUACCUGACUCGGCGUUCCCUGGAGGUGCAGCCCCCAGACAAGAGUGCGUGGCAGCAGUACUUCACCCUUGGGGAGAUAUUCAAAGCGUACGGACACUACCAGGAGGCAACGCUACACUUGCGCCACUGUCUCGAGCUGAGGCCAGAAUUUGAGCCCGCAUUGGCUACACUGAGAGACAUGGAAGCCCUGCCCGAUAACAACAUCCACAUCUACACCGUACUCAUCAUCAUCUUCUUGGUGCUGGGUGUGCUGAUCACGGUGGUGUCGUCGUGCGAUUCUAACCUGGACUCUGACUUCACGGAGGUGAAGGCACAUCGACACUUCAACCGUGCGAUGGCAAUGCGCUCACUCAAGAUGGGCAUCUCGCCGCGUGCGCUGCGCUCCAAACGGUACAACGGCGGCUGCGGCUAAUGUUCCCCCUCCCCUCCCGUCACUCCAAUCUUUUUAUACACUGCACAAACACUGUAGCGGUCACUUCUCUAGGCGUCAAGUCGUCUCGACUCACUUUCGUUUCUCGAUAUCUUGCAUGUUUUGAAUAUUGAUUGAAUUGGUAAUGUCUAUGUUAGGUGUUCCGAUUUCUUUAUGAAUUUAUAGUUUAGAUGAAACAAUUGAGGGCUUGUGGUGGCCCAGUUGACACGGUGGAGCGGAAACAUUGGUACGGAGUAGGUCAUAAAAGCCUUUUAUUUUGCUGAUUGUUAGGUGUAGUUUUGACCGGUAAUGCAGGAAUCGUAUGUUUUACUAGUGGCAAUUAUUACUAAUUAUAAAUACAUGUAUUCUGCCUUAGCAUACUUAUUAAAAUAUUCUGGAGGCCAUGGACUCUUAAAGGUAGAGUACGCUUCUACUCUAACAUAAGAGUCCAUGACCUCCAGAAUAUUUUGAAAUUGGUUUCAGAAGGAAAUUGGAUAAAACUGAAGCUUCAGUGAUGUUGAAUCAUAAUAAUGAUUCGGGUUUUUGUUAUCCGUUUGGAUAUCAGGAAAUGUGCUCUUACCAAAUUGAAUGUAACCUAUUAAUUGUAGCCCCCAUUUUUCUAAAGUAAAAAUAAUGCAAAUUAUAUAGAUUUUCCAUUAAAAGCAUUUCAUUUGUGUAAAUUUUCCAUGAUAAAAUUUUUUGGUAUAAAAAAAGAUGUCUAGUUUUAAAUAUUUAUUUGUUUAAUAUAGUUUAUGUCAUUAUAUUUGUGUUUGUAUUGCUCUCUUAUGAUAAGACCACCAUAAAAAAAUUGAAAUUGAAGGCCUUAUUCGUAAAAUACAUCUGGGAGUCCCAUAAUAAAACAUUACAUAAUAUUAUGUUUAGUUAAGUGUUUUGUAUUUGUGUUUCUAAACUAAUGUUUCCGUUUCCACUUGAAACCAAUAGUCGGGAAUUAUGUAAGGAUACUUGUCACACUUUCUAAGUUGUAUUUUCAACAAUUACUUAUUUGUUAGGAGUUCAAGUACAAAUUGUUUAAAUGUCUUAUAUGUUAGGCCGCCCACAGGAGUCACAUGUUCAUUUUUAUUGUUUUUAGGUAUUUAGCUUAAGGAAUAGUCAUUGACAAAAACAUUAUUUUUCUCUUGGAACAAUAGUCGUAGUUUCAUACAUCUUGUAAAAUUGAGUUCAGUUGUUUGUGUUCUUAGCUUUACUAGUGAACAAAUUAGGAGUCAAGUACUAUAACUUGAAUGUAAUUCCAUAAUUUUUUAAGAAACAUGCAUAAUCAUUUGUAAAUGUUAUAUAUAAUUAGAGCUACAGCCUUAGGUCAUUUAGGAAUAAUCAUGUUACCAGGCAGAGGCUAGUCUCGAGUACAUUAAUUUAUUUAUCUAUUUUGUUAAACGUGUGACUUCUUUGGGUUAAUAUACGAGAUUCUCAAUUCUUAAUUUAAUUGUUAGUUUAUACAUUUCUAACAUGGUUGUGAAUUUUGUUAAUACGAUAGUAGUUGUGUUCAUCGAUUUUAUUAUUUUGUAUCAAGUUGGCACUGUAAAUUGUUCUUUUAGUGUAUAAACUGUUAGUUUCUAUCUGUAGUGACAGAGGGUUUUCUUUCUUAAAAUGUAUUAUAAAGUGGAAAGUAUGUUUUAGAUGUAAUGUGCCAUAUUACGCAAACCUGACAAGCAAAACUUGUGUUCUGUCUGACAUGUUUCACUGUGUUAGGCUUAUUUAAACGGAUAACCUUUGUGUACUUAUUUCUUUUCUUAAAGUUUGAAAACUAAUUAUGCUGUUGUUCGCACUAAUUCAAUGUGAUUAAAAACCGAUGUCUGUAGAAUUCAAAAUCUUCAAUUUAUCAAGAGAUUUGAAAAUAGUAUCCCAUUUGGCUGUUUUUCCAGGGAACUUGUGUUGCAUUUGACAUUGAAGUGAGUCUGAAAUAAAAAUCGUAACUAGUUUUUAAAAACCAAUGAGAAAAUUAUUAAUGUCGCUAUGGAAAAUCUGUGCUUUCCAAUCGGAUUAUAAGACAAUGCUAUAUUUAUGUAUACUUCAACAUGACUUCUCAUGACAAAACUUGCUAGGAAAAUAAUUAAUUAUUUAUAAACUUUAACAAGUGACAAGGCUUUAAUAAGUUUUUCAAGUAUGAAUAAAUUAAUUUUAACAACAUUAAUCGUUUUUUAAUCUUAAUUUUAAAACUGUUACUUAGUUUUUUAUGAAGACAAUGUCAAUUCCAAAUUGAAGCUUAAGAAUUUAUUAUUGAAAAAAUAACUAAACAAAUCUUAGACGCCUUGUAGAAUUAUCUAGAGAUAAAAGUUUAAAUAUUUCCACCUGCAUAUACUAAAAUAUGUUUAGUGAUUAUUUUUAUUUAUUUUUUAGUCUCAAAAUGAAAUAUUGUAUAGCAAUAAACAAAUACUUAAAUAAAUUUACUUUAUUAAACAUAGUUAGAGCAAUGUGUGAGUACCACAAUUGAGUCACCCAAUACUUCUGGUUUGUCUAAAAAUUUAAAUUCGAAAAUGGAAUGGAAUCUAAAAAACAUACAAUCAUGGCUAUGUUUGUGCAAACUAAACAGUUUUACAUGACACCAAACCAAGCCCUUUUUUUUAGUUUAUAAAUAUGGGAUAGAAUCUUUAACACGUUGACGUACUCUUCCGUAGCAAAUAUAUAGCAAUCAAAUCAGAACCUUUAUCUUUGUGGGUAAAGUGGACAAAAGCUAGAUUUAUUAAGCGAGAUUUGACAGUUGGAAGAAUCGCUCUGCUUGUACCAAAUUGUGAGGUUAGACCUUUAACUCCUUAUACAGAAACACUAGGCUGGAUCGUAAUUCGAACAUUUCAUUUCCACUGAACAUUUUUCAACCAGAAGAAGAGAGCCAGUAAAUAAUAAUUGUUCUCUUAUGGUUGCCAAGGUGCUCAUAGAGAAUCAAGUCAUCCUUUUACAUUCCAACCAUGUUUCUAUGUGAUGAAAAACAGGUCUAAUCUUUGCAACUGUAAAUAUUUCUCACCUAUCCAGUUCUAUCUCUUAUUUAAAUUAGAAACUCAAAUAAGUACUGUGGGUGGAUUGCCAACCACUUCAUAAAUUUUAUCCGAACUGAAUUGUAUUAAAAAAUUGGUACUUAACAGUUAAGGAAACUCUUGUUGAAAGAUGAGACAAUAUUGAUCAGUACUCGAAAACUUGGAGAAACUCGAUUUGUGCUCGCACUACUCUAAUUUAAAAUUAUUAUUCAUUAUUGUAAUUUUCUAAUAAAGGUUGACCCACAAAUGCAUUCACAUAUUGAACAUCACCUUUUCUAAAUCUUUCGGAGAGUAUAAAAACAUUUCUUUAUACUAUAAGGAUCAUUUGUAGUAGUUUCAUUUCCAAAAUAGUGUUGCAAGUAAAAUGUCUUAGUACGCUCAAAUGUUCACCAAAUAUUUCUGUAUCACAAAAAUUGUACUUUGAAUCCAUUGUUUUUAACUUGAUCUUCCAUUGCAGUUUUAGUUCUUAUCUCUUAUUACGUGGCUAACUCUUAUUUGUAUAUUUUAGUGUAUUAAUGUUUGCACUGGACUUGACUGAUAUUACUUAAAUUUAGAGAUGUGAUGGAAUUAGUACAAUUAUUUUUGUAUUUCAGUUGGUUUUCUCUUGAUGACCUGUUCUUGAGAAUAAAUGUGUAAAUAUUAAUGGUAGCUGUUUAUUUGUGCCAACUGUAGCUUUUGCGAAUUUCACUUUGUUUACUAUUGUUGUAAUAAUAAUUAGUUUGACAUUGAUUUUCAUUGGUUCCUACAUAGUUUUGUCAGUUCGUUGUCGAAUUGGAAACUAAACAUUCAUGAAUAACAAUAUUAUUUAUUACGAAGCAUUUAAA